UUUAAGAGCCGUAUUAGACCCGGAAAGAACUUUGAAAAGUGCUUUUUAGGGUUUAAGAUUUUUAGAGUGAAAAGAUGAUGACAAGAGAGUCAUGUCAUACCUUGCUCCCUUCACAAUUGAAAAGUGUGCGUGUAGGUUGUGGAGAGUGUUAAAAUCCCACUUACCCUUUGACUGGAAAUGAGUCGAGCUUAUCUAUCUCCCCCACUCUCCCCACUACUUGAACCUCUUUACCUACAAACAAAUUUACCUCAAGUAGUUAUAUAUUAUUCUUGACAAAUUGCUCUCUUUGUUUCAAAAAAAAAUGUCGUUAAAUAUCAUUGAAUAGUCUCUCCUAAUACCAAUUGCACCGCCACCCUUCAUUACGGAGGUCGAACAUCCACCAUGGCUCUAACCCUUAAAGCAGGGCCUUUGAUCAUGCUAUCUUUAGGGAUAUUAACAUCAAGAACUAGACCUAUAGCUUCCCCCACAAUCUGCCCAUAGUUUCAGUCAUAAGCCCCAUCCUUAAACCCAGGAAUUGAAUUCAAAAACGACGUCUUAAGAAAUCCAAUUCACUAACAGCGAUUUUUCCGUUACAUUCAACCAAGACAAUUAGACUCUUAUUAUUGAAUGCCCAUGGCGCUUCCACCAGAACCGAAUCUCACUUCCAUCCAUGAACACAAAGUAUUAUCUCCAAAAGGACGAACCUGCAACCCGACCCAACCCAACAAGAAAGCACCUUCCCCACCUGGCAGUGACACCCACCAAUCCUGUCCCCUUUUCCGCCAAGCUUGGCACCUUAAUAAUCCCCUUCUCUGUCAACGUGAACUUAACCCACAACUCGGCAAUCUCCUAGGCCAUGAUAGUCUCACCCAAACCACCACACCAGAACCUCGCUCGCAUCCUAACACCACCACUUAUGAGACAACACUUGCCCCUCCUCCGAUUAAGGGACCCCAGAGAAGGUCGCAAUCAGAAACCAACAAGAGAAUCGACCUUGCCUACCUUCCCUCGCCUGCCCUGCUAUCCAAAAACUUCUCAGCCUCCACCCUCCACAAGCAAACCAGGGAAGAAGGAAGAAGAAAACCCGAAGCAACCCUCACGUUUAGAACCAGGAAGAGAUGGAUAGCUAUGCAGCCAAAUAAACCCCCAGAGGAGUGAAAAGGGAUAAAAUCCAAACAUCUUUAUCCUUAAUCCUUAGUUAUUUAUAGGAAAAUCCUUCUUUUUAGGCCUCGAGCUUUUCAUUUUCCCUCUACCAAGCCAUCAAACUAAUAAACCUUUAAACUACCU